AUGUUUGACGGAAUGAAGCGCAAAUUGACUGAAUUAUUCUCUCAAGGAUCGUGGAGGAGUGAAGAUGACAAACAAAAAGCUAUUUCAACGUUUCAGAAUAAAUUUUCUGCAGACAACUAUCUUAUAAAUGCAUACUACUCGAUGAAAGCUAAAUUUCUAACAUCAUUGAAGGCCACUUCGCGCAGAUACGAAAUACCUAGUUUCUUCAAUUUCCAACCGCACAUAUUUGACAAAAAUCUUACCGUGGUUAUGACAUCCGGAUUAUUACAUCCACCGUUUCUAAAUACAUCACAAAUAAUGCCGGAAAAGUAUGGAAUUCUUGGUUGGCUUCUUGGUCGUCAGAUUAUGUCUGCAGUUUUCAGAAAUGAACACGUACAAAAUCAAUCAGAAUAUCAGUCAAAGUGUUCACCAUAUGCUUCUACACCGUUAAGAACUCAACUAUGUUGUUUAUCAGAACAAAUCAACUCUGAAAGACUUCAGAAAGAAAAUUUGGAACAAUUGUCAGCUGGUAUAAAUGGUCUUAUGUUAUCGUUCGAAACAUACAAGAGAAGUUUAACUGGAAAACGUGAAAGCUUAAAUGAAAAGAAGUUGUUUUUCUCAGCAUUUGCGAAACAAGAGAGAAAUAAACGUCUAUGGUCUAUUUGGUUACAAGCAUACAAAGUACGUUUAAAAAUAGAUUUCGAAGGGAAUCAUGAUAAUACCAAAACACAAUUCUCUGAACGUUUAAAUUUAAUGCAGUCUGUAAAUCCUCGAGUAGUUCUACGUAAUUAUCUUGCCGAAGAAGCUAUUAAAUCAGCUGAUAAAGGAGAUUAUACAGUUGCACAACAAUUAUUCAACUCAUUGACCACACCUUUUAAAAAUCCUGAUAUGUCUUUGAAUAACGAGGUAAGCAGUAAAAAUGCCAAUUUACGUUUACUUGUUUUUAAUCGAAUUUUUCAUCCAUUCAUCAAAAUACCAUUGAUUUCAAUUGAUCAAGGUGAAAACCAAUGUUAA